AUGUGGUUAGGUGACGCAUUUUCUAAAUUACAAGGAUUGAUAAUUCCAGAAGAACAAUUGAUAUCACUCUAUCGUCACAACAGCUGUACAAUAAAACUUCAUUCGCCUUUCCAUUCCACUACAAUUGCCCAGACAGCAUUGAAAGGCAACUAUAUCACUUUUCUUCAAAAUGUACCAAACAUUGUUAAUAGUUUACUACUUACACUUGACGAUCUGUGUGAUACACUUAAAGUAAUUUUCGUCGGAGCUCAUCCUCCUGAACGCAUUCAACUUAAAAAAGUGCUCACAGCACGCAAGAAGAAAAUUAUUGAAGCAUUACGUUGGCUGAAGAAACAUAACGUACUUUAUCAAAAUGUCGAUAUAAAUCUGAAGGAUAUUGCUCAAUUAACUGAAGACGAUGUACCAGAAUGUAUUAUGUCAAUGAUAGAACAGAAAAUAGAUGAUGAAGAAAUUCAAUCUGAAAGAGCUGGAUAUAUUCCUGACUCAUUAUCCAACCUAAUAGAACGCACUACUACAGAUAGUAUUCCUAUUAGUAACAGUGGUGUUCUCGAUGUCAACGGCUCAUCAGUGUCUUCAAAUGAAAUUACUGAUUAUCUUUUGCACAAAAUUAAAAAUGACGGAACAAAGGAACAGAUGGACACCGAAAGUGUUUAUUUGAUUCCUCAUUCUUCGAAGCCUGUUGACGAAUAUUUUAAUUUAAAACUAUUCGUAGGUCUGUAUCCAACUUUAUUCUGUUAUGGACGUGGAACACCUGAAGAUCAAUCGCGUCCAGUCAAAGUAAAUUUACGAGAACACAUGCGUUAUCUGUUAUCGUACAAUGAUCGACGUUUUGAAACGAACCAUAGUUUUAUAUUUGUCGUCUUCAAUCUAUUACAACGAUGUGAUGCUUGUUUCCAUGUUCAGCUGAUCGCAACAAAACCUUACUUUCGAGUAUCUGCUGAUGAAAUUCAAUCCUUGAAAAGUGAAGAUAUUGAAAUAGCGCUCGAUAACAUUUCCAAAAAAACAUAUAGUUCGGAAUCCAGCAGUGCAUUAAAUAAAUUAUUACAUCAUAUUAAAACCAUCGGUGGUCGAGUUAUGGGUUCAGCAUAUUCACGUACGGCAUUAUGUACACGCAUUCAUGCAUUAAUCUACAAUCAGGGAUUACCAAGCAUUCUUUUAACUUUAAAUCCAGCUGAUAUUCACAGUCCCGUGGCAUUAUAUUUUGCUGGCGUCAAGUUUGAUUUGGACAAUAUUCAAAUGGAACAACUUAUGGAUAAUUACAAAAGAGCUGAAAUUAUAGCAUCUCAUCCUAUUGCUACUGCCAAAUAUUUCCAUUUAUUGAUCAGUAAUAUCUUAGAUACUAUGAUCGUUGGUGGUGUACUUGGCCCAAUAAAAGCUUACUUUGGUACCGUUGAAAGUCAAGGACGAGGUUCCCUUCAUUUGCAUCUUCUUAUUUGGCUUGAUCAUGAUAUGAAAUCAGCUGAUAUGAAAGACAAAAUUCAAAAUGCUGAUUUUCUGCCAAGAUCAUGGAAUACGCCACCACGAUUAUCCCGAGAUAACAUAUAUGCAGCUUUAAGUACAAUGGAUUUGACAGGUUUACAACAAAAUAUAUAUGGACCCAACAACAUUAUAUCAACACCGUUGAAGGAACAAUUUGUUUCAUCGAUUUUACAUGUGUCUGCAUUGCCAAAUAAACUUUUACAAACACCAACACGUAAUCAAUCAACAUUUGUUAUUAAUGCUUCGUAUAAUGAAUCAAAAGUGAUUCCAGCUUGCUUACCAACUCUAAAUCCAUCGUUACCUAAUUUUGCAUCACGAUUUCGUACAGAUGUAGUACAACUUGUUGAAGCAAGCAAUAUUCAUAAACUUAGUGAUACUUGCUAUAAAUACUGGAAUGCUAAUAAAGUUAUUGCUGAAGCCCAAGUCGACAAUGAUGCAAUCGAUCCUGUACUUUUGCCAGCAAAACAUGAUGUUCAUGGCGAAUACGAUAUGGAUGACAGCGAUGACUUACUUGAGCUAUUAGGCAAUUUAGAUGAAUAUACAACUGCUGCAGUCAAUGCCACAAGAAAAACAACAGAAAAUAAAUAUAUUGAAGAAACUAUCGAAGCAGUCGAGAACGUUGGACGAUUUAAUCAUACGACCAUGCAUUAUAAAUCUUCUUCAGAUAUAUCAAUUGAUCGUACUAAUCGACAACUUAUGCCGGUCCUUUGUGCAACACCUCAUCUUGUUCAACUCAAUACAAAAUGA